AGAUGCAGAAUCAAGCCGGCCAGAGCAAACUCGGAAAUUGAUCUUCUGUGCGCGCCUUCAAAAUAAAAGCAAGCGCAGGGGUUAUUUCAACUCCAAAUUGAUUUUCAGUUAUGUUCUCCUCUCUGGUGAAUGGGACACGAACAUAGAUAUAAUGCAGGCGGUGUAUUCCUCUGGGUGAGUAGAGAGGGGAGAAACAGUGUUUUUUCAAAAGAGCUGGCAUUCCUUUACACAACACUAAUGGGCUACGAGCAAUGUGAAGAUGGGGUUCUGGCUCGAUUCCUAAUAUAUUUUCAUAGAUGACUAUAGAGUAAUGCUGUCCAGCAUUUCAACCAGAUUGGCUAUUUUUAUUUGGUGAAAAAAGGGCAAAUACAUUGAUUUGUUCUCAAGGAACAUAAAGACAGAGCUGUGAUUUACUGCUUUUAGAGUCCAUUUAUUUAUUUAAUUGAAAGUUGUGAAACAGACUCAAAUACACACGAGACAAGUAAUUAGUCUCAGAUUGAUCUGAACAGAAUGAAUCUAAUUGGAGUUUGCCCUAAUCCCCUUUAAAGUGGUUAAACGACGCAAUGGGGUCGUGUAGAUUUUAUUUUGAAAGCGUUGACCGGAAGUGACCGCGUGUACGUCGUGUAACUUGUGGCUUGGUGCUCAGAUACUGAUCAGCAGUCGGCUCUGUGCAGGACAGCCGAGCCCCAACGCUCCUCGCGCGGGGAUGUGCAUCUUCUCCGUGUCUUAUGUUAAACAAAACAAAACUUUAAAAAAUAAAUGUGCACGCGCGUUAUGCCACCAGUGUUACACAUUAAUGGAAGAACGUGUGUCUGCAUGUUUGCGUCCACAGUGUGGCGGCUUCAAGUUUGAGAAGUGGACCCGGGUCUCGCGCUGCGGGACGACGCUCGUGCGCGCGGCUUAAAACUCCAGCGGCGGCAGGAUGAGACGCGAGGGCACCGGGAGCGCGCCUUCACGUCCCCGUUAGUGCCGGCGGCGGGACUUCACAGCGCGCCGCCACCAUGGAGGAGAAGUUCAAAAGACUCCUCUUCAUCCCCAUCGCCGCGGUGCUCUUCCUCAUGAUCGGCUACCAGUACGUGUGCCCGGCGGACAGCAACACCUGCUACUUCCGGGGGGCCGACAGAGGGCUGUUCCAGCGCGUCUCGUCGGGGUCCGCGUACCCGGAGGCGGACGAGGACCUGCCCUCCAAGAUCACGUCCAGAUUUAACUUCACGGAGCGGGACCUGGACCGGCACGUGGACUUCAACAUCCGCGGGGACGACGUGAUGGUGUUCCUCCACAUCCAGAAGACCGGCGGCACCACGUUCGGCCGCCACCUGGUGAAGAACAUCCAGCUGGAGCAGCCGUGCGACUGCACGCCCGGCCAGAGGAAGUGCACCUGCCACCGGCCCGGCAGAGCCGAGUCGUGGCUCUUCUCCCGGUUCUCCACGGGCUGGAGCUGCGGGCUGCACGCCGACUGGACCGAGCUCACGAGCUGCGUGCCCGUGGUGAUGAACAAGAGGGACAAGAAGAGUGCCCAGAAGAACCGAAGGAGUUUCUACUACAUCACCAUGCUCCGCGACCCCGUGUCGCGCUUCCUCAGCGAGUGGAAGCACGUGCAGCGCGGCGCCACCUGGAAGACCGCCCUGCACAUGUGCGACGGCCGCCCGCCCACGCAGGACGAGCUCCCCGCCUGCUACAGCGGCGAGGACUGGACCGGCGUGCCGCUGGCCGACUUCAUGGGCUGCCCCUCCAACCUCGCCAACAACCGGCAGGUGCGCAUGCUGGCCGACCUCAGCCUGGUGGGCUGCUACAACGCGUCGGCGGCCGGCGAGCCGGAGCGCGGCGGCGCGCUGCUCGCCAGCGCCAAGGCCAACCUGCGCAACAUGGCGUUCUACGGCCUGACGGAGUUCCAGCGCAAGACGCAGUACCUGUUCGAGCGGACGUUCGGCCUGCGCUUCAUCCGGGCCUUCACGCAGAUCAGCAGCACGCGCGCCGCCAGCGUGGGCAUCAGCGGCGCGGUGCGCGGGCGCAUCGAGGGCCUGAACGCCCUCGACGUGGAGCUGUACGAGUACGCCAAGGAGCUGUUCCUGCGGCGCUACCAGCGCAACCGCCAGAGGCAGCGGCAGGAGGAGCGCGAGAGGAGGUGGCAGGAGAGGCAGCACCGGCAGCGGCUGCACAGGAACUACCUGUCGGAGCUGUGGAGACUCGGAGGAGGAGGAGGGGAGGAGGAAGAGGAGCAGGGGGGAGGAGAGGUCGUCACGACAGAGGACUACAGCAGCCAGGUGGUGAGGUGGUGAGGAGGAGGAGGCGGGACUAAGAGACACGACGCUUUACUCUCCUCUGCUGUGAAUCUGCCAAAACCCCUUCCCGCCCUCACACACAGAGACAGAACGGUUCUUAAAUGGUUCUUUAAAAGGCUUCGUGGUUCUCCGAAGAACCAUCACCGACUGGAGAACCAUUCUGGAAAUGGUGCCUUCAAGAACCAUUUUGUAAAGGUUAUUUGAGGCACCUUUAUAGAUUCUUUGAAGAACUAUUUAAGGACAUGGUUCUUUAAAGAACGCUGGAUCGAAAGGUUAUUCGUGGAACCAGAAAUGGUUCUUCUAUGGCAUCACUCUGAAGAACCUCCAUGGUUCUGUGCCUCUUAGAUCCUUGUCGGACUGCUGGAUGGUGUCUUACUUAUUUAUGAUGGAUGUAUUUGUCAUGCAACAUUUUGUACAUAUUUCUUUUGUCGUAUUUUUCGUGAGUAGUGCACAUCUUCUCCCUCCUCCACCGGCCCUGAAGGUUCUCCAAGCGGUUCUGAAACCUGGCUCACGAUUAGUUGAAGCUGAAGAAUAAAAGACGGACGACAGAAGGCCGAUUGUAAACACGGUAAAGGCCCCUAAAAGACCCUGAAGGCCCCUGAAGGCCCCUGAGUGUGUCGUGUGUGUGAUCCAGCGGCGUGCUGACCAGUGAAAUCUCGUAGUGACUGUGGUGUUUCGGCUUCGUAAGAAUUCUAAAGCACAAACUUGGCAAAAUAUUCUGCAAAGUGUUUUUAUUCAUUUUCUGACUGACUUAGAAAAAGUAAUUCCUUGCAGAAAAUGUGUCUAAUAAUAAAAAAGAAACAUGCA